AUGCUUAAGUGGACUAAGCAACAACAGCAACUGUCAAAUCUAUCUUCUUCGGCUUUACAGCAGCAACCAAAGACUUUUCAAAAAUCUAUCUACAAAAAGCGCUAUUCUACUGGAAAUUUUCAAAUUUCUUCUAAAACGAAAGCAGAUUACAAUAAAAUGCCUACGAUGAACAAUUACACAUUGGAAAGACGUCUACAUCGGCGUUCGCUCGAUAAUCAAUUGGAUGCCGCUUAUGAAGAGCAAAGGAAUCGACGAACCUCUAGAGUCUCGUUAACAAGCAUGGAUAAUAAGGAAAAUUUUGAUAUACAUUUUAUGCGUAAUUCAUUCGGUAACACUAGUUUGACUGCUUUGCACGACUUAAGUAAUGGUAAAAGUCCCCGUAGAUCGGUUAAUGAGCAAACACCACCAUUGGUAAAUGUGAAGAGGAGAUCCGAAACAGAAAAUCAGAGAUUUUCGGAUAAUUUUUGUGAGGCGAACGAUUUAACGCCAUUGAAGCAUUUUAAAUUCCGCGAUAAAAUCAAAGAAGAGUCUUUAUCCUCAUCUAGAAUGGGAGAUGUUACCUUAGAUCGUAUGCUCGAUGCGAUAAUCGAAAGUGCUCGAAAAGAAGCCAAACCCUUGAAUCAUAUGCAUAAGGAUAGAGAAAAUGAGAAGAACUUGGAUAAUGGCGGCAACAACAAUAGUAUGGACAUUAGCGUGCAUGAAAUGGAAGUAAGGACGCCGCAGCAUUUGAAACGUCAACGCAAGGUGGUGAGGCGUAAGAAAACGGAUAAAAAAGCGAAGCAGAACGGAAACGAAAUGAAUAGAAAAACGGAAAUGAUUGGUUUAACAUUACCUAAUGGUAUACCCAGUCCGGGCACCCCAGAAUUCAAGCGAUUCGUUAAACAUAACAGCUAUGAAGGAUUGUUUACGCCUUCGCCACCGAUCGGAGAAUUGCAACUAUGCAGUACUCCCACCUUAGAGGAGACAAGAGCAAUCAAGCGCUGUUUGAGUUUCUCUUGCAAUAGCGAAGACGAUGAGGGCGAGGAAUUUCUUCAACUUGAUACGAAACGUAAUUCAGUCGCAUCGUCUAUAGCUAGUUCGACUACGGAACAGCUUAGCAGCAAUUCAACAGCACCGAUUAAGGGUUCCCUGGAUUUGGCCGUAUACGCUCACCAGGGUAUUUUAAAUGUACACGUUAUACGCUGCCGAGAUUUGCAGAGAAUUAAUGGCUGCUCCUCGGUUAAUGCUUAUGUUAAAGUGGCGGUCAUAUGCAAGUCACAACCUGGGACGGGUUUCCAACGUACUGCCGUUCACCGUCAUUCGAGCCGACCAUUUUUCGAUCAUCGCUUUAAAUUCAAUUUAAAGCAUUUAUAUGAUAUCAUCGAUGAUAUACAAGAUGAAGAUCGUUUACAAUUGGCGGUCUGGCAUCGGGAUCGUCAACUGAAGUGA